GCAACAGGAGCCUCUAGCCUGCAGCAGAGACGACGCCAUUCUGAACCGACGUAAGUGACCAACUGCAGGAGGGGAAACCACACGGCUGCUGCACUAGACUCCAUACAGGAAACAGGGUUUUAUCUGCUCUGAGUGAAACUUUUGAAGUGUUUGAUGUCACAUCACCGGCUGGUACCAUGAGACGAACAUCGCUUCAAUGGCUGAUCUUUCUGACCUUCCUGCUGAGCGGCACAACAAACCAAGCUCGUCUGACUCUGAGUCCCAACAGCUCUCAGAUGUUUAGAGGACAGCCUGUCUCUCUGAGCUGUGAGGAGGACGACGGCUCUGCUGGAUGGACUCUGUGGAGGAACAUCACCAAAGAAACCAGGACUCAGUGUGGAGCUGGCUGGGGAAAACCUGCUGGUUCCUCCUGUAACAUCAGCUACAUGCUCUUAUGGGACAGUGGAGUUUACUGGUGUGAGUCCAGAGAGGGAGCAACCAGUAACACCAUCACCAUCACCGUCACUGGUGGACCAGUGAUCCUGCAGAGUCCUGUCCUCCCUGUGAUGGAGGGAGAUGACGUCACUCUGCUCUGUAGGACAAAGACGUCCUCCAGCCUCUCAGCUGCUUUCUAUAAAGAUGGCGCCCUCAUCAGGUAUGAGCCUGCAGGUCACAUGACCCUCCACCAUGUUUCCAGGUCUGAUGAAGGCCUCUACAAGUGUCUCAUCAGCAGUGAUGAGUCUCCACCCAGCUGGCUCACUGUCACAGGUAGACCUACAAUCACGGCCCCGCCCACCUCUACAGCCCCGCCCCCUGCCUUAGACCCCCUCCACCUUGUCAUCAGACUGGUCUGCCACCUGGUGGUGUUCUGUCCUUACUGCAUCUCCACCUUCAUCAUGGUGUCUUUAUAUCGACACAGGAACACAGGAAGUGAGCUGCCCGUCUCCGUGGUGACGACCCCGCCCACCCAGGCUGAGGAGGGAUUGGAUGAUGACUACGGUGAUGUCAUCAGCGCGGCCACCACGGAGCAUCAGUUCUGAUCUGAUCCUAAAUGAAGAUGAGAUCCGGUGGAGGACCCAGAAGGGUUCCCUGAGGAACUCCACAUGUUGUAGUUUGACUGGUUGAAGUCUUUAAAGCAGCUGUCAGGAUCAACUCGGUCCGGUUCAGUGAGGAAUGUUCUGGACGGAGCAGUCCACAUGUUUUUGGUCCAAAUUAAAGCUGACAGUUGUUCACAUUCUGA